UGUGUCAUUCUGCGCAAUCAAAAUAAAAACAACAGAAACGUCACAUUCUUAAACAUAUUUAUAAUACCCAAAAGAAAUGGGUGAACCUUUGGAUAAGCCAGGUCUGCGGGCCUUAGAAGCGAUGAAAAAUUUAAACAAAACCGUGUCAAUCUUUAAAAUACCGAAAAUACCACAGAAAAAGAGCAGCAAAAUGAAAAUAUUGACCGAGGAACGAUAUAUUGAGGAACUUGGCAAAAUUAUUCAAAAGGACUUCUUCCCCGACUUGGAAAAGCUUAAGGCACAAAAUCAGUAUCUGGAUGCGGUCGAGAAAAACGAUGUGAUCAAAUUGCGCGAACUGUACGCUAAAUACAGUGGACCGAAACCGUCGCACCGAAGCAGCAACGGAUAUGACAGUCCAGCAACAUUCGAAACACCAAUGUCCAAACCAGAUGCUACACCCGGAUCGGAAAUGUACACACCACAAACUAAGCGAAGCAAUCAAUCGCCGGCAGAGAGUUCAGUCACCAAAACAGUUCCAUCGGAAAACCACUCGCUCGAUUCGUUUCUUUGCACCUACACCAGCGAAGACAAUCACAGCUUUCAGGAGAUUAUCGAACUGUCGGAUCGAAAAUUGCGACAAAAGUUUGCUGUUCUGUACGACGCCGAAACGGAGACAGCGAAACAAAUGACAAUGGCAAUGGUAUUACCGUCGAUCGAAAAACAAUUCAAGGCCGUCGAAGGUUCGAAACCGCUGGACAUGUGGACUUAUAAGAAUAGGAACUAUGUGAUGUACGUGCCGGAUGGCGUCGAAUUGACGAAAGAAGAAAAACUGGAAAUGGCUAAGCGUAAACAAGAAGUGGUUUACAGCAAUACCCGACUCCAGCACAAUCCGUUCGAUGACAAGCAAAGUAAGGAAACGAUCACCGAGUUGGCCAGAUGUCAGGCGAAAAUAUUGAGCGGAAAAAUUGGCGUCGAUGGCAACAAAUUGGAAAGUAGAGACGAACCAAACGUGCGAGGCUUUAGUUUUGUGAAAACGCCAUCUCCAUGUCCCGGUGUAACUGACAGUCCGUUGAUGACAUGGGGUGAAAUUGAAGGAACACCAUUUCGCUUGGACGGUAGUGACACACCGGUUCGUCCGGCCUCGGGUCCAUCAUUUCGAAUCAACGAAACGUCUCGUCGCGAAAACAUUGCAUUGGAACUGGCAGAAAAGGCUGGCGAAAGGAUGCGUGGCCAGAAAGCCAAGGCCAUGGAGGCCGCCCGACGAAACAUUGCAUCGCCACACAUUCGAUCGUCGAUUCAACGACUGGCUUCAAUGUCACCGGCAGCCAAGCGAUUAGCGUCGGCCAGAUUGGGCAUACACGAUUCAAUAAUCACGCCCAGUCCGCGCCGAUCGACACCCACACCGAAAAGUCUGCGCAAGGCUACGACGCCAUCGCCUCUACUCAUACGGCGGAAGGUGCCAACAGCAACGGUUAAUGUAAACGCAUACGAGGCAAACUCCGACGAACAGUCGAAGUCACUGUUGACCGAUGAUUUGCUCAAGAUACCGGCAGUGCGAAAAAAAGCAUCCGAUUUCUUUUGAAGUUUUUUUUUUAAAUUUUAUUUCUGUACGAAAAUCGAAGUGUAAAAAGUGUCCAACGUGAAAAGCUUUGCUUUUCGAUUGUAGAUUUUUGUUUUGUUUUGUUUUUACCGAUCGAUCGAUUGAAACUGCUGAGAAACUUCCUACUACAAUCCUAAAUGAAUAAUACGAAAUGAACAAAACGGAAAACUUAGAAUUUAAAUGAACUUUGCCAAUGC